AACAGCUGUCGUCAUUUGUGGAAGAAGAGGAGAGAUUUGCAAAUUUACAAAGAAAGCAGGAGAAAAUCGUCGUUGACAAGAUGAGCUUCAUGCAACCGAGUCCCGUUAAGUACGCGUGCUCCUGCGGCAUCCUGAACCCGAUCAACAAGCUCUUCUUCUGCCGGCACUGCCCCAAGCUGCACUGCGGCUUCUGCGUGACGCAUGAGAUCGAGUCGCACUUCUGCUCCAACUGCCUGGAGAACAUCCCGUCCACGGAGGCGAGACACAAGAAAAACUGCUGCGCCAACUGCUUCGACUGCCCCUGCUGCCAGCACACCCUGUCCGCCAGAGCCUCCACGGUUCCAGUGGUGCGCAAGUCAGAGGAGUCCAAGGACGCCAAGGAACCGAAAGAUGGCGAUUCCACUGGCGACGCCACGACCCCGGUCCCGGCGAGCAACAAGCCCUCGGCGGUGCCCACUACCAAAAAGAUGUACUACCUGUCGUGCCUGUCCUGCCGCUGGACAACGCGGGACGUAGGCAUUCCCGACCAGGGCGUGGCCACGGGCACCUGGCCGGACAACGAGUGCUUGUACCAGGCACGGUUCAACGCCUUGGUCGAGUACUUCCAGGCGGUGGUGCUGCAGGAGAAGCAGGAGAAACUGGAGUUCAUGCGGCGCAAGGCGCCCAAGCAGCACAAGUUCCCCAGCCUUACGGAUCGCACUGGACUGACUGUAUCGCUGAUUCGCCGCCAGAUCGGCUGGAACGACAAGGUUCCCAAGGCCAAGGCUGUGAUCACGCCGGCGGAGGCCACGGCGGAGGUGGAGGAACUGCCGGCGAACAUCUUCACGGAACAGCUAAACCUGCGCAAUGUCACGACGAUCGCCCAACGCCACAGCCAGCCGGCGGAUCAACCCACGGCCGUGGGCAGCUUGUAUCCGCAGCGACGGUCGCUGUGGAUCAAGCGGUCGCUGCGCUGCCGCCAGUGCGAGCACAACCUCAUUAAGCCGGAGUACCAUCCCACUUCCAUCAAGUACCGCAUCCAGCUCUUCGCCAGCUACCAUGUGCCCGAGGUGGUGAUGGUGCGCUGCGAGCAGCCGCUGGUGCCCGGCAAGAGCAACGCCAUCCUGCUGAAGCUGACCAAUCCGACCAUGUACGACAUGACCAUUCGCCUGUUGACUGCAGCUCCACCAGAGGAUCCGCAAUUAUCAGCGGAGACCACUCGGGCGGUGAAGGAGGAACCGAUCUCCUCGUCACCACUUCUCAAGACUGUUGGCAUCACGCUGUCGCGUCAAAACUCAACCCGGGAGGUUAAGCGAGAGGUGCUGGAUGCCUCCAAUGCCGAGAUCGUGCCGUUGGAGAGCGAGUUUGUGCUCAGCCAGCGCGACGACUCCAAGGAGUUCGACGAGUACGUGCAGCUGCCUACCGAGGAGCCCAAGUUUAUUGUCUGGCGCAAGGGCAACAAGGUCCUCAUACGGCUGCAGUUCACCCCGGAUGCGGAGCUGCCCUCGAGCACGGACGUCAUACUUGGCUUUUUCAUGCAGUACACAUACGUGAACACCGUUACCAAUGCGCCCGAGAAGAAGGAGCCGACCACCCAUGCGCUCCACUCCAGGGUGUUCAUCACAGCAGGCGCAACUGAGCAAAAGGCCAACUGAAAUGGCCUGAAAUAAACCUAAUUAGCCCUACGGCAUAUAAAUCGAAAUUAUCAAAACCAUAAAACACGCUUUAUGAAAGCUGGGAAGAUAUGUAUUUAUUAAAUUAACCUAUUCGUGAAAAAGCUGCUAGUAUUACAAUUAAAUAGAUCGCUUGUUCUAACCCUG